UAAAGGUUGAUAGUUUGGUGAGAAAUGAGUUUUAGUGAAUUUGUACCAGUGCUAUCUUUCACACGUCGAGAUAAAUGUGGAAAGCGGCAACAGACGUCGCGGCGCCGGCGCUACCGGAGGCCGAUGAUUGGGAGACAGACCCUGACUUCAUCAAUGACGUGACUGAACACGAGCAGCGCUGGGGGCCGGGCGGCCGCAAUGUGGAGGCUAUUGAUAUGGCGAAGUUGAGAGAGGAGGUAUUUGAAGCUGACAAAGAAGAAAAACAGAAGCAAUACGAGAAAGGACCGAAGUCGUCAUAUGGUUAUGGAGGCAAGUUCGGCGUGCAAGCUGAUCGUAUGGACAAAUCAGCGGUUGGCCACGACUAUGUCGGUAAAACAGAGAAACACGUCUCGCAGAAGGAUUACGCACAAGGUUUCGGCGGUAAGUUUGGCGUUCAAACGGACCGUAUGGACGCCAGCGCCGUCGGCCACGACUACGUAGGGAAGGUGGAGAAGCAUGUCUCUCAGACCGACUACGCUCAGGGCUUCGGUGGAAAAUUUGGUGUUCAGACCGACAGGGUCGACAAGAGUGCGGCCGGAUGGGAACAUCGCGAGCAGGUAGAAAAGCAUCCCUCCCAGAAGGACUAUUCCGUGGGGUUCGGUGGGAAGUUCGGAGUUCAAGCGGACAGGCAGGACGCAUCCGCUGUGGGCUGGGACCAUAAGGAAGACCAACACAAACAUGAUUCGCAGAAAGAUUACGCGGUCGGUUUUGGUGGCAAAUACGGCGUACAGACAGACAGACAGGACGCUUCGGCAGUGGGCUGGGAGCACAGAGAAAAGGCAGCUGCUCAUGCCAGCCAACUGGAUCAUAAGAAGGGCUUCGGUGGCAAAUUCGGCGUGGAGACGGACCGCGUUGACAAAUCGGCGCACAGAUUCGACGAGGUCGAAAAAGUGGGAACAAACUACACCAAACAGAAGCCAGACAUCGGCGGCGCCAAACCUUCCUCGAUUAGGGCCAAAUUCGAGAACAUUGCCAAGGAGAAGGAACAGGAAGCCCUCCAAUCUGUACAGAGGAUAAGGCAGCAAAGAGAUCAAUUGGACAAAGACCUCAAACAGAAGGAAACCGACCGCUUAGCCAAAGAAGUGGAAUCAGAACCGCCACAACGACAAACCAUCGAACCAGUGAAACAGAAAGAGCCAGAACCUAGGAAACAGAAAGAGCCAGAACCUCCGAAACAGGAAGUCACAGAAACAGUGAGAAAGACUGAGACAGAAGCAGCGGAAGUAGCGAGAUCGGCGCCGGCUAAAGUCGAACCGGAAGGGAAGCAACCGGAAGACGUGAAACCGGCCAAUUUACCCGACGUCACCCUCGUAGGGGAAGCUAAAGAAGAAAAGGAAGAGUUAAGCAGACAGCCCACUAUAGUGGUAUCUCCAGUAGGCUGGGAAGAAGAAUUAUCCACAGACCAAGAUCCAGACGAAGAUGGUUAUAUAGCGAGAGCGUUAUAUGACUACCAAGCCGCUGCCCCUGAUGAAAUAUCCUUCGAUCCUGAUGAUCUCAUCACUAAUAUCGUCAUGAUUGACGAAGGCUGGUGGCAAGGUUUAUGUAAAGGCGCGUACGGACUCUUCCCUGCUAAUUAUGUGCAACUUCAGGACAAAUAAGCAUUUCUACGGAUAUCCACCAGUAGGGUAUGUGUUAGAAAUAUAAAUAUAUAGUCUAAGAACCCACGACACUAAACCUUGUAUAUUAAGAGACGCGUCAUUAACGAGUGAAUACGAAAUGAAGAUGCUGCAAUGCAAAAAACCUGGCUUCGCAAUAAAAAAAAAAUAUGGAAAAACCAAUAAAUAUACGAUUUCUAAUAUGGUAAGACUCUCCUAAUAGGCUGUUUGCUGAAUUGUUGGUAUCUGUAUUAAUAUGAAUAUAUGAAAAUAUUAGCAGCGAUUUUACUGUUCUGAAAGAACAAAUAAUUAGUAACUUUUCUAUAAAAUCCUUAAAUAGAAAUGUUUUUUUGCUCCAUGGUUACGUGACGGAAUACGCCUGGGAUUGGCUAAGACUAAAAUGACGUCACACGCUAGUAUAAUUCCGGUCAAAGUGAGAUUACAUUGUAUCGUUUGACGUUUUAAUGACAGCCGUGUGGCGUCACAUACUAGUGAGACGCCAUUAUGUCCAGAGCAACGUUUUCGGCGGCCACUUGAAAACUGAAUUUUCAAUUUAGUUUUUUUAUGAAUUACGCAACAUAAUUAAAAAUAUCCACUUUUUAUGGACUCCAUAAACAUUAGUAAAUAACGUGAGAUCGUUUUCUAAACCUUGUCAAAUAAUAGAUAUUAUUAUAAUACUAGCAAACCAGUGAACCAAAUGUUCACCAAAACCUGAUUUAAAAAAAAUGUAUUUAAUUAAUUGAGAACUUCGGAGAUUUUGUGUGGUUUCGUUUGAAAUUCGUGAUUUCUCGAAAACCGGAAGUGCUACGUUACUCAAAUCCGGUUUGUAGCCUUAUCAGACUAUUCUUAACUUAUAACUUAAAUAUUCUCUUUAUCUAUCUCUUACGGUUUGGCCGCUGAAACAGCACCACAGACAGACGGACGGACUUGUCUAAUAGAUAAGAGAUGUAUAUAACCUGGGAGUCUUAUCAUACUAGGUUUAGUGUCGUAGACUUUGGUUCCAAUAGGUCUCUGCAAUGAAAGUAGUACCAUUAUAUAAAGUCACAUAUCUGGGAAUACAAAGACCGCGAAUAAUAACGAUUGAAAAUCCAAUAUUGCAAAUUUAGACCUUGCGAGAAUUACGCAUAAGGUCGAACAUGUAAUGAGCAUUAUAAUGAUGUUUUCAUUCUUUACUUGCAUCAACGCGCUGUUUUAUUAUUGGCUGAAAUAUUUUGUGCUAUUGAAAAAAAUACUAUUAUUUUUUUUUUUGUAUAGAAACACUGUUCAGUUUUUAAAACUGUCUUGAAGUUAGUUGCGUGAUAUUUUGCAAAUGUGAUCAACCACAGUUUGUAUUUAAUAACACGAAAAAUAUGAUUACAUCUUGCAUAAUCUAUUGUUUAUUUUUGAAUUAUCAAGGAUAUGCUUUUGUAAUAUUGUCUUUAAUAAGAAUAAAGUAGGUAUAUUAGGACAUAUUUUAAAGAUUUCUUUCUAUGCAGAUUCAUUGUUUAUCUACUGUUAUUUGUAUAUUAUGCAUUUUAAAUGAUUUAAGCCGCUAAAGUUUAGCACAUAUUAUUGCCCUUGAUAAACAGACAGUGCUUGAAAUCGCAGCGAUGGAAUUUAAUUUUGUGUCAUUUGAAUCCAGUCAUAUAUAAAUGCGUAAGCUAAUUUUACCCAAAAGCAAAAAAGGUACACAAUUAUGGACUCUAAUGACAUGGUUUUGCAAUUAAAUUAAUAAAAUAUUUCUUUAAACACACAACAACAAAUAUUUUUUAAUGUUGUAGACUAGUCAAAUCUAUUGUUUCUUUGUUUAAUUAAACUUGGAUCUAAUUUCUUUCGUCGUUUCAAAUAAUACUGCCAGAUAUCUGUAAAAUCGAACUAAUACAUCCAAAAUAACUGAAUUCGACUUAACAUAAUGGUAAAAAAAUUUAAGGUUGCAAAAAUAGUUUUUGAUAAAGAAAUGGAAUUAUGAUAAUGUACUUAUGAAUAUAGGGAAUAACAGACCUCAUUGUUAAGGAAUUAAAUAACAAAUACUUAUAAGCUAGUGAUCAGCCUAACUAACACUAGGGAGAUUAUUAAUAAACGAAGUGACCUGUCGGCAUCUUGGCUAACUUUUUGACAUCUGACAUCACAGAC